CUGCCUCUGACUUUAAUCUGUUCAGUGGCUAAUUAGUGGUUAUGUCCCAGACUUGGGAUUUUAGGAAUCCUUGGGACUGGCUAUCAGACCCCCGCUUUUCUAAUAAUAAAAGGCAUUUUCACGUCGGUUUUCUGCUCAGCACCCUCCCCGCUCCCCAAAGGCAACCCGGGUCAAUUCCGGCUGUCCCGUUCUUUACAAUUGCAAUGGUAUGAAUAUUCCGUCCCUUCGGAGAUAAAUCAAAGGACAAUGCGGUUUCUCCUAUCCACGGGGGGUCAGUAACUUCAGGGGAGGAGGCUACUUCUAUGGCCACUGACGAGUGGCGAGGGAGGACGAGAAGCGAAGCGCUAAGCUGUCUGCGCUAAGGGGAAGGAUGUUUGCACAGAGAUCGCCCGAAGAAGAGCUCUGUGUAAGCUCCAAAGCUUGACUCUUUCACCAACAGAAGUUGGCCCAAUAAGAAGGUUACCACCACCUCUUUCUCUCACAGAUCACAGUGACAGCCGCUGGAAUGGCACCCCCUCGCCAUGGGGGGCUAGUGACACCCCCCUCCCCCCAGAAGGACUGCGCCGGGCAAUAGAAGAGAUGACAGGGCACAGCUGGCGCCAGCCUCUGUCCUGGACGCUAGUGUGUUGCUGUACAGGGUUGUUGGGGUGGAGGGUUAGGCCUGGUUGGGUAUUUUGCGCACCAAAGCCACCAGGCGCAUUCAGCACUCUCGGGAAACCCUCUGAGCUGAGCUCCUGAAGCCCUCACGAUCCCGGGCACAGAGAUACCCACCCGACCCGACCGCCUCCCCCUCUGCCAAUAGAGACUUCCCAGAGCUAGUGAACUCAAGAACCAGCAACAGCCGAGGCCGGGGGAUCCGGCUUUCCAGAAGCAGGAUGGAGGAGUCGGGCUCUUGCAUGGACUGAGCCAACCUCCCUUUCUCCUGCGCUUCCGACAGCAGGCGCAGCGGCCCCAGCGCUGGACAGCCCCUGCUUCUUGCACUGAUAUCUCUCUGCGCUGCGGCUUGGAGGCGAAUCCCUGGCGCUCUCCAGGGAUCCUGUCCAGUGCAAACCAUAGCGGUUGUUGCGAUGGGAAGGGAGCUGCUAGUCACUACUUUGGAGCUGGAAGCUUUGCGCACACUUUUGUCACGUGACGGGAGGAUGCUCGGCCAAUCGGGAUGCAAGGAGGUGCAUAUAAUGUUGGCAGAAAGUGGCACUCCCGUCAAGUUGCUGGGGAGGAGCACCUUAUACCCCCCCUUAAGAAGCGACAGACCCCGGGCAUCUCCGAGCUGCACCCACGAGCACCCUACUCCUUAGAAGAGCUCUCCAAGGAAAGCUGCGCCAAGCAUCUGGGACGCACAGGGUUCUUAGUCCCUUGAAGAUGAAGGCUGCAAUGUCACUGCUGGGAAGCCAGAGCAUUAUCUCAGUCACCGAGAUCCUUAUUGCCUCUGCUGUCUUCUGUCUGACGUUCAUGGUCAUCAGAUCCUUCCGGCAGCAGAUCCCCAAGGGGCUGAAGAGGCUCCCAGGACCAAGGGGUUACCCCCUGAUAGGCAACGUGCUGGAGCUGGGGAGCAAUCCACACCUGACCUUGACUCAGAUGAGCCAGAAGUAUGGAGAUGUGAUGCAGAUACGGAUCGGCACCAGACCUGUGCUUGUGCUGAGUGGUUUGGACACCAUCAAACAAGCCCUGGUGAAGCAAGGGGAGGACUUCAUGGGGCGCCCUGAUCUCUACAGUUUCCGCUACAUUGGAGAUGGCCAGAGCUUGACCUUCAGCACUGAUUCAGGGGAGGUGUGGAGAGCUCGCAGGAAGUUGGCCCAGAAUGCCCUGAAGACCUUCUCUGUCUCGCCCAGCCCCAACUCUUCGUCCACCUGCCUCCUCGAGGAGCACGUCUCCAAAGAAGCUGACUACCUAAUAAGAAAGUUGCUGCAACUGAUGGAAGAGAAGAAGAGGUUUGACCCCUAUCGGUAUGUGGUGGUCUCUGUGGCCAAUGUCAUCUGUGCCAUGUGCUUUGGCAACCGUUACGACCAUGGUGACCAGGAGCUGCUCAGUAUGGUAAACCUGAACAAUGAGUUUGGGGAUGUGGCUGCUUCCGGCAACCCUGCAGAUUUCAUCCCAGUGCUCCAGUAUCUCCCUAGCCGCACCAUGAAAAUUUUCAAGGAUCUCAAUGAGAGGUUCAACUCCUUUUUGCAGAAGAUUGUUAAGGAGCACUACAGCAGCUUUGAUAAGGACAAUAUUCGGGACAUCACCGACUCCCUGAUUGAGCAUUGUCAGGAGAAGAAAGUGUAUGAAUCUGCCAACAUUCAGCUCUCUGAUCAGAAGAUCAUCAGCAUUGUCAAUGACCUUUUUGGAGCUGGUUUUGACACUGUGACAACUGCGUUGUCCUGGAGUCUCAUGUAUCUUGUGACAUAUCCAGAAAUUCAGAAGAAGAUUCAUGAAGAAUUAGAUCAGUUGAUUGGCAGAGAGAGGAGACCCAGACUAUCAGACCGGCCCCUGCUGCCCUAUACAGAAGCUUUUAUCUUAGAGAUGUUCCGACAUUCCUCCUUCCUGCCCUUCACCAUUCCUCACUGCACAACGAAAGACACAGUACUGAAUGGCUACUUCAUCCCGAAGGACCUCUGUGUGUUUGUCAACCAGUGGCAAGUCAAUCACGAUGAGAAGCUUUGGAAAGAUCCAUCUACCUUCAACCCAGAGCGUUUCCUCAGUGCUGAAGGGACUGAAGUAAACAGGGCAGAGAGUGAGAAAGUGAUGAUGUUUGGCUUGGGGAAGAGGAAGUGCAUUGGUGAGUCCAUUGGCAGGUGGGAGGUCUUCCUCUUCUUGACCACCCUGCUCCAGCAAUUGGAGUUCAGCAUAUGUGAUGGUGAGAAGGCGGACAUAACACCUCAGUAUGGACUGACCAUGAAGCACAAAAGGUGUGAGCACUUCCAGAUUAAACCGCGCUUUGAAGUGAAAAGCUCUGGGUGAGCUGCAGAUUCUCAUUGCUAGGACAUGGAGGGGAAAUGCCACAUCACAAUAUUUUGGCUUUUGGGAACUACCACCAAGACUGCUUUGAAGGCUGACAUGCUAUAGAGUCUAAGAUAAUAGAAGCCAUGUUGACUCUGCAUCUGUACUGACAUCGUGGAGGCUUGCUCAUAUCUGAUAUGUAAAUGUACUCUAUCUGCUGCUGCCUAUUGGCAUUCAAAGACUGUUUUGCAACUGACUCAAAAAUUGGCAAAGCCUACCAAGUAUACUCUGAGGAGCAUGCCCUAUAGCAGGGGUCGGCAACCUUUCAGAAGUGGUGUGCUGAGUCUUCUUUUAUUCACUUUAAUUUAAGGUUUCGCGUGCCAGUAAUACAUUUUAACGUCUUUUAGAAAGUAUCUCAAUAUAUUAUAUAACUAAACUAUUGUUGAAUGUAAACAAGGUUUUCAAAAUGUUUAAGAAGCUUCAUUUAAAAUUAAAUUAAAAUGCUGAUCUUACGCCACCGGCCCGCUCAGCCCGCUGCCAGCCUAGGAUUCCGUUCACCUAGGCUGGCAGCAGGCUGAGCGAGGGCCUGCAGCAGGAACCCUGGCUGGCAAGGGGCCGGCAGCCAGAACCCCAGACUGGCAGCGGGCUGAGCGGGGCCAGGACCCCAGACUGGCAGUGGGCUGAGCGGCUCAGCCCGCUGCUACUCAGCCCACUGCCAGUCUGCGGUUCAGUCCACUGGCUCCUG